AUGUUUGCGCCCCAUACGGCCGCGCGUGAUACAAUACAGCACAUCGCAGCGCAGCGCAACCCUAGUGCUCUGGAAUGGGUACCUUUAAUCCGCCCGGAUCGACCCUGGUCUGCAAUAAGUGCUGCAAGGACGGAGGAUGUAGUGACGGUAAGAGGUCAUGUCACCAAGUUUUAUAGCUAUUGCUCGCUCACUCCCCCCUCCGAUGGCUUGCUUCCCCAUGCGCUGACUGCAGUAGUUACCGGCGAUUGUCACUGA